UCAAAGUUUAAGUGGACAUAUUACAUCAAAAAAUCGUGACUAUUUAAAAAAAAUUUUCAUUAAAAUUAUUAAUAAAUGAAGUAAAUAACUCAACCCUGUCACAAGUUUACAACCCCGUAACAAUGAGAAAUACAUAUAUUUGUGACGGGGUUGUGGUUUUUCACUCAAAAUGGCCACUGUUCCUUAUGUAGUGUAGGAGAGCAAGACCAUACAUGGCAGCAAUACAACAAGUACAUUGUAUAUACUUAUGGGUUCAAAUAAAAUGUUGAAAAAUAAUAAUUUUCCAUCUUAAUUUUGUGUGACGGGGUUGAGUUGGUUAGCUUGACAGUACCCUCCCUGACUAUAAUAUGGCUCAAAAAUAUGAAUAAAAAGUAUGAUACUACUAACCAUUUUCUGCACCACUAUUAAAAAGACCCGAAUGAUGUAAUUUCUGGUAAAUUAUGUCACAUAUGAGUGGAGUCUUAAUUAUUAUGGGCAUAGAAUGGUUAGUGUGACAGGGUUGAGUUCAGACUGAGGGACAUAACUUUAAAGUCUGUUUUUUAUAAAAUAUCUUGCUUUUUUUUUUUUGAAAAAAUAUUUUUCACACGAAAGGAACACAAAUAAAUGCUUACAUUAUUGCCAAAAAUCACAGAUAUGCACAUUUUGUUAAUAAUUUUCUAAGUAGAAACUCAGUGAAGUGUCUCAGGGACAUGACAAAAUGCUUGGUUUACGAUAGAUAAAAGAUAUUAUUUUAUGCUAAAAAUAUUAAAAUGCAUUAACUAUAUUUAUUCAUUAUAAUGGGCAUGCCAAAGUAUUGGGAAAAGCUCCUAACAAUUAAUUUUGGUGAACCACCACUUUAGAAACUCUGGGGGACUGAAAUACUACCGAAUCCCAGGAAUGACCCAUUUAUACAGCAAGAUGAUUCAUUACCCGUAUAAUGCAGAUAUAUGUAUGAAAUGAAAUGUGGAAUUAAACGGUUAUUUUACACACUAUUUACUAUAAUAAUUUAAUAAAAACUGAAAACAAAAUGUUAAUUAUUCAGUUAGGUAAGGCAGAUAGUAAAACUACCGUUGUUUGCGUUACGUUAUAUGCUGGUUAUAAUGUCCAAAUACAAAAAUUAAUAUUCACAAGUAGCUUUAAAUAUUGAUUAAUUUGCCUGACCUAUAUUUGCAUGUCAAUAAAUCACUGAAUGGCCCUUUUACAAUGAAUAUAAAGAAUCAGAAUCACCUUUAUUGCCAAGUACUCUCAGUGGAGCUGAAGAUCAGCUUUAUAGAAUGCCCAAGCGUUGUCCGCGGCAACAGUAACUAUGAUGACAUCCCCAUCGGUGUCCAUGGAGGAUUACCAAGAGGCUGAACAGAUGCAAGUGGGAGAACAGACGGCGGGACAAUUGGAGGAGAGAUUGAAGGAAGAGGAGGAGAGAAAGGAAGAGGAGAGCAGCUCAGCACCGUCUGAACCACAAAGUCCUAUGGAGGUGUACAAGACGGCCAUUUACAGACACCCCUUGUUCCCCCUGCUGGCGCUGCUCUUUGAGAAAUGCGAGCAAUCCACUCAGAGCUCGGAGUGCGUGACCUCGGCCAGUUUUGAUGUGGAUAUUGAGAACUUUGUGCGAAACCAGGAGAAAGAAGGCAAGGCAUUCUUCAGUGAGGACCCCGAUUUGGACAAUCUGAUGGUGAACGCCAUCCAGGUGUUACGGAUUCACCUGCUGGAGCUGGAGAAGGUGAAUGACCUGUGUAAAGAUUUCUGCAGCCGCUACAUCGCCUGCCUCAAGACCAAGAUGAACAGCGAGACGCUGCUCAGCGGAGAGCCAGGAAGCCCCUACUCCCCAACACAGAUACAGCCGCAGAGCUCGUUCUCUGGAGCCAUGAGUCCUCAAGGUAUUGUAGUACCAGCGUCGGCUUUACAACAAGGCAAUGUUACUGUCACAGCUGUAAACCCCACACAGGUGCUAACAGGCGGCACAGUAUAUCAGCCUGUUACAGUUGUCACUCCACAGGGGCAGGUGGUCACACAGACUCUGUCACCUGGAACAAUACGCAUCCAGAACUCACAGCUUCAGCUGCAGUUGAACCAGGAUCUAAACUUUUUCAGUCAGGAGGACAAUUCGUCUAAGGCCAAGAGAGGCAUCUUGCCCAAACACGCCACCAGUGUCAUGCGUUCUUGGCUCUUCCAGCACAUCGGUCACCCCUAUCCUACAGAAGAUGAGAAGAAACAGAUCGCCUUGCAGACCAACCUCACCCUGCUGCAGGUUAACAACUGGUUUAUUAACGCACGGCGACGGAUCCUUCAGCCCAUGCUGGACGCCAGCUCCUCAGACACACCCAAGAACAAAAAAAAGACGCCCCAAACGCGCCCCCUACAACGCUUCUGGCCCAACUCCCUCGCCGCCUCUGUGUCCCAGCAGCAGGUCACCAUGGAAGACGGUACCAUGGUAACAGUCGGUGUAGGUGAGGAUGGACUUCACACGCUCUCAUCAGAUGGAGCUACGCUGGCCAUGCAGCAGGUCAUGAUGGGAGGUCACAGCGAGGAUGAUGAAGAUGAAGAGGAUGAAGAGGACGAGGACGAUGAUCCUUCCCACUCCAACAUGACCAGGCUGGGCCUGGAGACCAGCGACUCGCUGUAGUAGGACUGAACAACUCCCACACACACAGCGCCGUUAGUAUAGAGAGAGAGACAUUUAAGACGCAUCAGAGCACUAAGAAGAAAGAGACAUUCACACAGACACCUCGGCUGACGUGUUGAAGGUCACAGGACAUCCUCAAGCUGUCAAACAGCUCGUUUGAAGUACAGAGAAAGGGCUUAAAGCCACACACACGCCGACACAACCCAUACACACAGCAGGUCAAAAUGAAGACACAAGCACAAGUCUCACACGCAUCAUAGCCGAGUGCACUUUUUGUAUGAUACUGUAAACUUAAAGGAAGUGUUCAAAGCACAUUCUGAUAGAGCUAAAAGGAAGGAAAAAAAAUCAAAUAAAAUGUUGAUGCUG